AUGUCCGGUUUGAGCCUCAAAUCAGGCUCGGGCCACUCAACUCUUGAUCCAGAGAUAGCACAGGACCACCCGGAUCUCGAAAAACAGCCCACAAAGACCACCUCUGAGGAACCUGCACCUAUACCACCAACAGAAUACCCUGAAAUGGAUCUGAGUCAGGGUAUAGUUGGCUGGGAAAGUCAAGAUGAUCCCGAACAUCCCCAGAACUUUCCCAGCAGUAAGAAAUGGACCCUUCUCGCACUUAUCAGCGGAUUCACUUUGGUUUCCCCACUUGCGUCCAGCAUGUUUUCGCCUGCAGUCGUCUAUAUGGCCGAUGAAUUCAAAGAGACAAACGAGACGAUCCUUUCCUUUAGUGUCAGUAUCUUUUUGAUCGGAUAUACGUUCGGUCCUCUUUUCCUUGCCCCCCUCAGUGAGAUAUAUGGUCGUCGGGUCGUUCUUUCCAGUGCCAACUGGUUCUUCGUCGUAUGGCAGAUUGGUUGCGCCCUUUCAAAGAACAUUCAGACCUUGAUUGUUUGCCGCUUAUUUGCUGGUAUUGGAGGAAGUGCAUGCAUCACCCUUGGAGCUGGUGUUGUCGCAGACAUGUUCCCAAGAGAAACUCGCGGUAUGGCUACAUCUAUCUGGAGUAUGGGUCCUCUGAUUGGUCCUGUCGUGGGACCAAUUGCUGGGGGUUUCCUCGGCGAGCAGGUCAGCUGGCAAUGGAUCUUCUGGCUUCUGUUAAUUGUCGGCGGAACCAUGCAAGCUGGUAUUGAGGUUUUCAACAAGGAAACCUUUGCACCAGUUCUGAUCAAAUGGAAGACCGCCAAGCUGGCAAAGGAGCUCAACCGCUCUGACUUGGUCAGUGCCUAUGAAGUCGGCCGUGAGCAGCUCACAACUGGUCAGAUCUUGAAGCGUAACCUUAUCAGACCGGCUUUGCUGUUGACCAAGUCUCCUAUCGUGGCACUUCUUGCUCUCUACAUGUCUUUGGUCUAUGGCUUGCUCUAUCUUUUCUUCACAACCAUCUCCGAUGUCUUCACGAGCACAUAUGGUUUCUCGGUCGGCUUAUCAGGCCUCGCAUACCUGGGUAUCGGUAUCGGUUUCUUUGUCGGUCUUUUCAUCAUGGGUUUAACAAAUGACCGUAUGGUGUCAAGGCUUACAGCUCAAAAUGGUGGAAAGUUCGAGCCGGAGAUGAGACUGCCGACAAUGAUCAUCUUUGCUUGUAUCUUGCCUAUCAGUUUCUUCUGGUAUGGCUGGACUGCUGAUAAGCAUAUCUUCUGGAUUGUGCCUAUUAUUGGCAUGUUCCCCUUUGGUGUGGGCAUGAUGGGUGUCUUCAUGCCCAUUCAGACCUACAUCAUCGACUGUUACCCAGCCUAUGCGGCAUCCGCCAAUGCUACCCUGACGGCAACCCGAUCCCUCGUUGGGGCCCUCCUUCCCCUUGCUGGUCCAUCCAUGUUCGACUCACUGGGACUCGGUUGGGGAAACUCGCUGCUCGGAUUCCUUGCUCUGGCCUUUGUUCCCAUUCCCAUUAUCUUCACCAAGUAUGGUCAGCAAAUCCGUGAGAGACACGUUGUCAACCUUGGAUAA